UUUUCGAUUCAAUGUCCAUAUGAUAUAAAGACUUCGGUCACAAGGUCGUAGCUAAAGGUUGAACUGUAUGAUUAUCCUACCUUUUCAACCAUCUCUCUCCAUAUAUUCUCCCUGGCCAUUUCCCUGCGGAUAGGAUAACUUUAAAACAUUGUUCGAACUAUGGCAACCCAUUCUGCCGUUGCAACCGUGGGCAUCAAGAAGCCUUUAGCCAUUAUCCAAGUACCAACCGUCACACCACAAGGCGAUGAGGUUCGCGUGCGAGUAGAAUGGACUGCUUCAACACCACUGGAUCUUCACCAAAAUGAUGGAGGACUGCUAGUGACACAUCCCCAAGUCCUAGGCGACGGCGCAGCGGGAACUGUCGUUGAGGUUGGAGAAGGUGUUAAACGAUUGAAAGUCGGAGACAAAGUUUUUGGUUUCACAUGGCGAGAGCAGAAGGAAAAGGCUCAACAAGAAUUUUGCACAGCUCCUGAAUGGUUGUUCUCACUGCUGCCUGACGGAUUUACACUAGCCGAGGCUGUGACACUUCCGAACAACUUUGUUACUGCUUUUCACGCACUCACUAAACAUUUGGAACUUGAAUUGCCGUGGCCAAAACCGGAAGGAUACGCACCUACACCUUGUAGCAUUGCCAUCAUCAUCUGGGGCGGAAGUUCCUCGGUUGGACAAUUUGCUAUACAAAUCCUCCGCUGGUACGGAUUCACCAACAUUAUAACGGUCGCCAGCAAGAAGCACCACCAAAAGCUGAAUGCCCUGGGGGCGAAGUGGACCUUUGAUUACAACGACAAACACGUGGUCUCCUCGGUUCUUAACACCGGGAGCAGUCAGAUUACCACCGGCAGCCGUGCAGGCAUCCCAUUGAUUUUUGACUGCAUCGGUAGCAAGGAUGGGAGCAUUCGACCUCUAUCAAAGAUUGCAAAGAGAGGUGCAAAGGUGGCAGUCCUGCUCCCGGUCAUCGUGCGGGAUUCAAGCGAUACCGUAGAUCCCGAAUAUGAGAUGGAUGUCUCGAAAACAGCAGAUUGGAAUAAGGAAGUCGAGGUGACGGGGGUGCGCACGCAUUUUUAUACGGAUAACGAAUUUUUCAAAUAUCAUCUCCAGCCGGAAAUUAUGUAUACGAUGCUUAAGGAGCGCGCAGUCCGGCCAAACAACCAAAGAAUUAUCGAAGGGAAGACCUUAUUGGAAAGGGCACAGAAUGCGUUGGACACGUUGCGGCGAAAAGAGGUCAGCGGCGAGAGGUUGGUAUGGAGAGUUGCAGAAGAGUCAUGAAUCGAUGGUAGAAGGGCAUUGAUUGUAUUUUAAUUCUUCCCGAACUUAUGAAGCCCACGAGUAAUAAGAUAUGGACCGUGGAAAUGAACUCUGGGCGGUUUCUGUAACCGAUAUGACGCUUCAGUCUCGUUCGGGGUAAGCGCGGAGUUUUUGACAGGAAACGGCUGGCUUAGCGGCGUCCAACGAACAAUCUUCAUCUUCA